AGGAGACUCCCAGACAGUUAUCUGGGCAGUUUUGGCUCUGCACCCUCCACGACCAUGCUCCUACAUCCUUCAGGCAUACUGUUCUUCCUGGUGAUCUCUUUGCCUGCAGCUAACUGUGCGGUCGGGAAUAACGGUGUAGACUUUCGAACAUGUGCUUCACUCAAAGGGCUUUGUUUCUUUGGUUGUAGACCAGGAUGGAAUUGGGUCGGCUUCUGUAACAACAUAAUGUCCUGUUGCAUAAAGGAAAAAUUCUAUGUACUUCCUCAAUCCAAAGGUAUAUGA